UGAUAACAGCGUCCCCGACGUAUGUUUGUCCGCGAGCCCUUUGCAUGAGAGCAAACAUUCAGGUUCCAACUAAAGCACCUGGUGCGGCAAGUUUUUAUUGCCCCUUUAAAUAGCGGCGGCUUGGCGUUUUACUGCUUUAGACGAUGAAUCUCACACACUCGGAGGUUUGCUGUGCCUUUGAGUCUCCCAUCCUGGACCAGGUUCUGCCUCCGGUGCUGAUCCUGGAGUUCGUGUUUGGGCUGAUGGGGAACUUCGUAGCCCUGUGGAUGUUCAUCUUUCACAUGGAGGAGUGGAAGCCCAACGCGGUGUACCUGACUCACUUGGCCGUAGCCGACUCCAUCGUCCUGUUCUGCUUGCCGUUCAGGGCGGAUUACUACAGGCGUGGGAAGAACUGGAUCUACGGAGACGCCACCUGCCGCGUUCUCCUCUUUCUGCUGGCAGCAAACCGAGCAGCGGGGAUCUUUUUCCUCACAGCCGUGGCCGUCGACCGCUACUUCAAGAUCGUCUACCCACUGAAUCGGCUGAACCGCUUGGGCCUGGGCUACGCUCUGUUGGUGUCCCUCUGCCUCUGGGGCCUGAUUUUUCUUGCAACUGGAUACCUUCUUGCUAAUAAGCACUUCUACAACAACAGCAACCACACGCAAUGUGAGAGCUUCAACAUCUGCAUGGGGUACACUCCUCUGUCCACCUGGCACAACGCUUUCUAUGUCAUUCAGUCUUUCCUGCCCUCUGCCAUUGUUGCCUUUUGCACCAUCAGGAUUACCUGGCAGCUGAGAAACAGGACUUUGGACAAAAAGGGUAAAAUCAAACGUGCCGUUCAGUUUGUGCUGGCGGUGGCUCUGAUCUUUAUCGUCUGCUUUCUUCCCAGCACCGUAUCGCGCAUCGCCGUGUGGAUCUUAAAGCUGUGGUAUGACGAGUGCAAACAUUUUGAGAAGGCCAAUCUGGCGUUCUACACUUCAGUGUGUUUCACCUACUUCAACAGCGUCCUCAACCCUCUGGUGUAUUAUUUCUCAAGCCCAGCUUUCAGCGGUACCUUCAAAAAGGUGAUGAGCAAACUGCUGGGAAGAAGUGAUGAGGAGCCACCGGUGUCAUCAGACAAUGACAUUUCCACCAUCGAUGGUAGAAGGGUGUAAAAAAGCUGGUGCUGAUUUUAACUUUACGUGAUACAACAAGUGGAACUUGUUUGAAAUGAGCUUGGAUGCUGUGCGAAAACCCAAAAUAAGCCUCUGUUGCUGAUCCCAUUAGAAAAACGUAAAGCUGUACAUGAACCUUGGUUGUUAAAACAUUUACUCAAAACCACAGGAACAACAGUUGUAGAAGCGUCUGCUAAAUACAUAAACAUAAACAAGUGCUUUGGGUCUAAUAUAGCACAAUCCACUUAUUAUAACUUCGUAUGUGGUAGUUUAGAAUAAUAUUAGGCUCUGAGGUGGAUUUAGUUUCACGCUGAGAAAUCAUGUUUUUAAUUGUUCUAUAAUUCUAUUAAAAUUUUUACUUCCUGCUUUUUGAGUAAAGAUGUAUUAGCACUAAUCUCAAAGCUCUACAGAGUAAUUUUAAUCCUUUUGCUAAGCUCGUUGGACUGUUCCAUGAGAAAACUGAGACCUGGUUGAUAAUUGUUUCCCUGUUUUUCACAUGAAGGUUCCCCAGUGAAAGAGUUGUUUUACAAACCAGAAACACGUUUUUAUUGAGAAAAUUCGGUGUCGUUUGAUUUUUUUUCCACCGUUACAAAUAAAAUGACUGAAACAUCUAA